GGUAAAGCGUCUGGGGUGCUUUGACCACGCCCAAAGACAGCUUGGGGAAAGAUGCCUCUAUGUGUUCCCAGACAAAGUGGAACCUGCAAAAAUCACCUGUGAAUGCCCCGAGAGGAACUGUGUCCUGGGUGAGGGAUCAGUUGCCAAAAAGGUGAGGCGGCUGCUGAAGAAGCAGAUAGUGAAGAUCAUGUCAUGCUCCCCAGAGUCUCAGGGUACCAGUGAAGCCCCCGACAAAGAGUCUGCUGCGGCUGCUGACCAAAAAUCGGGAGAGCUUGAGUCUGGAUCAAAGCAUGAGCUGGAUGAUUCUUCCAACAGUGUACCAAGUCCUGGAGAGAGAAAGGAGGAGCAGCCUGAGGAAACGGGACAGGAGAAAGGAGGAGCAGCAGCACGACAGCAGCAGCCCCCCUUUCUGCUGAAAGACGAAGGAUCGUCCGAUUACCGGCUUCAGUCCAUGGAGCAAGAUGCUGACGAUGAGGCAGCUGAUGACACUGACGAUACCAGCUCUGUCACCUCUUCUGCUAGCUCCACUGCCUCAUCCCAGAGUGGCAGCGGCACUGGCCGCAAGAAAAGCAUCCCUCUUUCCAUCAAAAACUUGAAGCGGAAGCACAAGAAGAAGAAGACCAAGAUUUCCCGAGAGUUUAAGCCAGGAGACAGGGUUGCUGUGGAAGUGGUGACCACGAUGACUUCGGCUGACGUGAUGUGGCAGGAUGGCACCGUGGAGACAAACAUUCGCUCCAAUGAGCUGAUUCCAGUCCAUCAUCUGGACAACAACGAGUUCUGCCCUGGGGAUUUUGUGGUGGACAAAAGAGCUCAGAGCUCCCAGGACCCUGGGUUGUACGGCGUCGUGCAGUCUGGUGACCAUAUUGGCCGGACCUGUGUGGUGAAGUGGUUCAAGUUGAAGAGCAGCGGAGACGACGUGGAGCUGAUUGGGGAGGAGGAGGAUGUGAGUGUGUAUGAUAUUGCUGAUCAUCCAGACUUUCGCUUCCGCACCACUGACAUUGUGAUUCGCAUUGGCAACUCGGACGGAGCCACAGCGAAGGAAGAUGAGCCUUCGGUUGGGCAGGUGGCUCGCGUGGAUGUCAGCAGUAAAGUGGAGGUGGUGUGGGCUGAUAACUCCAAGACUAUCAUUCUGCCUCAGCACUUAUACAAUAUUGAAUCAGAAAUUGAGGAGUCAGACUACGAUUCUGUGGAUGGCAGCACCAGCGGGGCAUCCUCGGAGUGGGAGGAUGAAAGCGACAGCUGGGAGACAGACAAUGGCCUCAUGGAAGACGACCACCCGAAAAUUGAGGAGUUAGAGCCUGAGGAGCCAGCGGCAGAGGAGGUGAAAAAAGUAGAGGAACAAGUCCAGGGAGCUGUGGCUAUGGCAGUUGCAGAUCUUGCUGCAGAGAAAGCGGGCAAGGAUGGAGCCCCAAAGAGCUUCCGAGAGCUAAAGGAGGCCAUCAAAAUCUUGGAAAGCCUGAAAAAUAUGACUGUGGAGCAGCUGCUGACGGGCUCUCCCACCUCCCCAACCGUGGAGCUGGAAAAACCCACUCGGGAGAAGAAGUUCUUGGACGAUAUUAAAAAGCUGCAGGAAAAUCUAAAGAAGACCUUGGAUAAUGUGGCUAUUGCAGAGGAGGAAAAGAUGGAAGCCAUGGUGGAGACAGAGAAGAAAGAAGAAAAAGCAGAAGCACAGACACCAGUGAGGUCAGAGUGGCCCAGUGAGACGCCAGUUCUCUGCCAGCAGAGUGGAGGCAAGCCUGGAGUUACCUUCACCAGUGCCAAGGGAGAAGUCUUCUCCGUGCUGGAGUAUGCUCCAGAUACCCAUGCCUUCAAGAAAAUGGAAUUCCAGCCUCCAGAAGCAAAGAAGUUCUUCAGCACCGUGCGGAAAGAGAUGGCUCUCUUGGCCACCUCCCUGCCUGACGGCAUCAUGGUUAAAACCUUCGAGGAUCGAAUGGAUCUCUUCUCAGCACUUAUAAAGGGGCCCACGCGCACGCCCUAUGAAGACGGCCUCUUCCUCUUUGAUAUCCAGCUCCCCAACAUCUACCCUGCAGUCCCACCUCUCUUCCGCUACCUCUCCCAGUGCAGUGGGAGGCUGAAUCCCAACCUGUACGACAACGGCAAAGUGUGCGUCAGCCUCCUGGGGACGUGGAUAGGCAAGGGGACAGAAAGGUGGACCAGUAAAUCCAGCCUCCUUCAAGUGCUCAUCUCCAUCCAAGGUCUCAUCCUCGUGAACGAGCCCUACUACAACGAGGCGGGCUUUGACAGCGACCGGGGCCUGCAGGAGGGCUACGAGAACAGUCGCUGCUACAACGAGAUGACCCUGAUCCGGGUGGUGCAGUCCAUGAUGCAGCUGCUGCGCAGGCCGGUGGAAGUCUUCGAGCACGAGAUCCGUGAGCACUUCCGCUGCAACGGCUGGCGCCUGGUGUCCCGCAUCGAGUCCUGGCUGGAGACGAACGAGCUGGUGGAGCGGAGCCACGAGCAGGCCAAUGGGGCUGAUUCCGCCUCCCUCCUCUCCGCCUGCGGCACCCUGGCCGAGAGCCCGGGCGACAAUGCGGGAUCGCUGGGGGAGUACGGCAGCAGCUCGGAGCAGGGCGCAACUGCCGAACUGUCCGACUCGGCGCUCGACGGGAAGGAGGAGCUGGACGAGUCGGAGUUCACAACCUCGACGCCCGUCACUGGCGAUCUCCAGCAGUACUCGGACUCGGAGAGCACGGGCCAAGCCAGGGCAGCCGACCUGGCCAGAGACCGAAUGGACGAGGGGAAGGCUGCCCAGGACUCGGCCUCGCAGCCUAGUGUGAAACCAAAGAAGCGGAGAAAGAGCUACAGAAGUUUCCUUUUGAGCGGUUACCCUGAUAUUGGGUUCCCCCUCUUCCCUUUGUCCAAGGGGUUCAUUAAAAGCAUCCGUGGUGUCUUGCAGCAGUACCGGGCUGCCUUAGCAGGGGCCAACAUCCCAGAGUGGACAGAGGACAAGUAA